AUAUCUUCUAAAGCCCUCUUUCCCUCUCCCUUCCCUAUUCCACAAUGGCAACUCUUCAGUCUCUGGCAUUGGCCUCUCCUGUCUCUCACUCUUUUCUCAAGCAGCCACGCUCUCUCUCAGUAAUAUUACCAUCUUGGGUUGUUCGCCGGAGCUCGAAUUCACUAUUCAAUGGGCAAUCUUUACAUGUGGCUCGUUCAUGGCUAUCUCCAACAAGAUGGAACUCCAAGAAAUCUGGACCCAUAACAAUGAUGGUCAAACCAAAAAUUCAGUUCAUUCAAGGGACUGAUGAACAGACAAUACCAGAUGUGAGGCUAACCAAGUCAAGAGAUGGUACGAAUGGUGUUGCUAUCUUCAGAUUUGAGCAACCAUCCGUUUUUGACUCAUCAGGUGAAGUUGGUGAAAUCACUGGCUUUUACAUGAUUGAUGAGGAAGGAGUUCUUCAGUCAGUUGAUGUGAACGCGAAAUUUGUAAAUGGAAAGCCUGCUGGAAUUGAAGCAAAGUAUAUAAUGCGCUCUCCCCGAGAGUGGGACAGGUUCAUGAGAUUCAUGGAGCGAUAUUCUAAUGAAAACGGCUUGCAGUUCAUCAAAAAAUGAGGCAAUGUAUAUUCUUCUCUUGACCC